UUGGGUCAUGUGGACGUCCCCGAGCUGAUUGCGCAUUCGUUAAGAAUCGGAAUUAGGUUGGGGACAGUCCACGUGACCUUUAGACACAGGUGCACAUCCUCACCUGUUGAUAGAGUAUUUAUUGCAUAGGGAAAACGUGUGUUUAACCAUUUUGGAGGAGAGCAGCCUGAGUGCGUGUCGUGUAGCAGCGCGUGAUGAUACGGCCACGUUUACCUCAGCAGGCUCCCGCGGCGCCGGCACGUCAGCCGGCGGCCGCGGGGGCUGGGGCUGGGCAGCUUCCAGGAGCAGGCCUUGCUCCGCAGGCACCGGUAGGAGUACAGCAGGCCGCGGUGCCGGGUUUGGUUCCAGCCCCGGCAGCUUUGCAGCCAGGCGGUGGGGUACAGCAGGCCGGUGCCGGUCCCUUUCAGCAGCCCCCGGCAGUUCAGCCAGCAGGAGGAGUGGCUCAGCAGGCCGCGGCAGGCCUAGGAGGUGCUGCCCAGCAGGCCGCCGCGGUACAGCAGCCGGUUGGUGGGGUUCAGCAGCCUGCGCUAAUCCCCGGGGGUGUGGGUCAGCAGGCCGCCGCUGGGCUGCAGCCCGGUCAGCAAGGGGUGCCUGGAGUCCAGGAGACGGUUCGGCAAUUAAGAGAGGAGCUGGAUAGAAUGGCUGCAGUACGGGCUCUUGAGAGGGUAGAUGAGGCCAAGCUGCUAGUCUUGGAGGAGGCGAGGACGCCUCCACCACUCUUCUCGGCAGCAAAGGUUUUAGCGGCCUUAAACUCAUUGGAAGAGAGAGCGAAGGUGGUUAAUCACGUUAAUCUUCCAACAUUCACAGCUACAGUCAACGAAGCCAGAGUGUUUUAUUUCCACCCCGCAUUAGGUAAAAUGGUUCAGCGUGCUUUAGGCCCGCGAGAAGACGAGGCUGUGGCAAAGAAGUUUAACGCGGUGGCUUCUGCUUCUAAUUCUCAGUCGUUUGCUCAGCUUCAACCUCCUGUGGCCCCUCAGCUUCAACCUCCUGUGGCCCCUCAGCUUCAGCCUCCUGUCGUCUCUCAGUUUCAACAUCCGGGGGUCUCUCAGUUCCAGACUCCUGCGGUCCCUCAGUUUCAACAUCCGGGGGUUCCUCAGUUCCAGUCUCCUGCGGUCCCGCAGUUUCAUCAUCCGGGGGUUCCUCAGUUCCAGUCUCCUGCGGUCCCUCAGUUUCAACCUUCCGGGGUCCCUCAGUUUCAACCUCCUGUGUUUCCACAGUUUCAACCUCCUGCGUUCCCUCACUUUCAACCUCCGGCGCCCACUGCUCCGUUUUUGGCGGGAGGUUCUUCGGGUGAUUGGGAGGGUAGGUGUUUCUUGUGUGGGGGCGAGGGACACUAUAAGAGUAGGUGCCCUUCUAAUAAAGGUGUUAGAGCCCCGGCUCAACGUCCCUCUCCUUGGGGUCGGGGGAGGGGAAGGGGUUUUGGACCACGUUGAUGUGCGAACCCUGCCGUAUUGCGUAUAACGCUGGUUGCUCUCCGUUAUUAGUGUUUGGAACUUUUCUGUUAUUGUGUCAUUAAUUUAUUUUUCUAUGAUGUUUGCAUUGUAUACCCUUUAUUUUCCAUAAGAACUCUUGUUAUUUUGCCUUUGUUGGUAAUUGUUUCUGCUGUUUUCUCCUAUUUUAGACAUUUCUGUGUUAACAUUGUAAACUUUGCUGUUCCGUAAGAUCUUUUUGCUCAGUGAGGUUUAACCAUUAGCACUCUCCUGUUCUUUUAACAGGCAUCUUUUUGAGCUAUGAUGUUAACAGUAUGAACUCCGUUGUUGUAAACUUGAACGUUUCACAUUUAUUGGUUUUUGUUUUCUGCUGUUGUAAGACCUCUUGAUGUUCCGAAUGGUCAACAACUUUAACGAUGUUUUUUUGACAGAAAAGUUUGAAUAUUCAAUGAUGUUAGUAAGCGUGAACUCCCCUAUUGCAACAAUAUUCGACUUCCUUUGUAUUAUUAAUUUUUUAGGUUCUGCUAGUUUGUAAGGGAGUGAGAGAUUUGCAAUGAUGUUGAUGAGUUUGAGUUCUGCUGUUUUUGCAAGAGAACUGUAUAAGAUUUGCAAUGUUAGCAGUUUUUGGUAUUCCUGUUUUGUAUCAGAAAUGUUCGUUUUCUACAAUGUUAUUAACUUGAUGUUUGCUGUUUUGUAUGAAAUUCCGAGAUGCCAUGAUGUUAGUCCAUGCUGUGUUGUGUACGAUUAUCUCUAGGUGUUUUAUGUAAUGAAAUUGCAGAAGUUAUUUUGUUUUGUGAGUAUGUCAGUAUGUAACAUGACUUGAUUAGUGCUUGUUUUUCUAAGAUCAUGUUCUAUCCAUGGAUGUGUUUUGUUUGUUGGAGAAUUGAAGAAUUUUGUGAGAGGUUUUUUUUGUGGACAUUGCAUAUUUAUUUUGAUUCUGGUAUAGUUUGUUUUAUUUUUGUUUUCUUCUUUUGUUCUCAAUUUUUUGUUUUUUCUUUUGAUGUAAAUUUUGGUUAAAAUAGUCUUGAUUUCUUGUUUUAUUUUUGGUAUUCUUUGAUAGUUAUAUAUUUUGACUUUUGGUUAUGAUGGACUGGCUAUGGAUAACGACUUUUGAACCUAUGUUUAUAUAGGAUUUGUUGUUUUUUCUUUAUUUUCUGAAUAAACUCUUUUCCUGUUGGA